ACCGGGAGGCGGAGCCUGGACAAAAAUCAGGCAACCCUUAGCAACGAAGGCUCCUCCUUUAUUCGUUGCUGGUCUGUCUGUAUGAUUAUAUUGCUAUUCUAUUAGAUUGUUAUUAGGGAUGUUUUAAAUGUAUGAGCAGUCGCUGUUUGGCAACAGAACAGUGCUGUGCUCUGCUCUGUAGUUCGCGCCUACUCCAACGUGUCAGUUUUGUGUUCGCUGAGCUAAAAGUGUUCAAAAGUAAUAAAUAUCAACUGUAAUAAGAAGAGAACAACGUAGUAAUCUGGACAGAAUCUCAUUCCUGCAAUCUUGAGUGGUAAAAUUCGCUUCAUCAAUUGUAUCAUGUACGUGCGCGUGACAUGACUUGAAUUUGCUGUCAACUAGGAUUACAACAUCUGUUUUACGAUUUCAAAGAUGAACCGAACCGAAGCGAUCUGAAGUGGAAGAAUGACAUCGCCGUUCCUGGUUGAGAACCUGCUGGCCGGUCCCGACAGUUCAGACAGACCGACCGACUACCGGCUGCGUCGGAAUAAGACCGAUGCAACCGAUGCCACUGAUGAUGAAGGCGAAUGCGAUGUUUCCAGUCCCGAACACGAUAAUGAAGCAGAUGCAGUAAGGAGAACGGAAAGUAUUGGCCUUCAACUGACACCACCUUUCGCCUACUCACAGAACGAAAUGCCUCUAUUCAGGCAUUACUCGGCGCCCAGGUAUUUAGAUGCUAGGAAUCGUUACAGUAGUGAUGUUUCAUCUCAUGAGGAGGAGCAUGUAGGCCUAGGAGAGAAAAAAGACUCUUUGCAGGGCACCAAGACGAGCCCUGUGUUAAAAUUCAGCGUCAAUGCCAUCCUGGGACCCGAUCACGCCAAGCCGCCAUCCUUUCAAGGCUCAAACCCGUUCAUUGGCACAGCGGCGGAAUAUGAGAACAAAUGUGGCAUUGCUAAACCAAUUCCAAGACCAUCAGGCCAUUACAGUGUUCUACAACAGACUCUACUAUACUGCAGGCAACAUUACUAUGCUGGUGGAGUAGGUGGUAAUAGUGGGGUAGGGGCGGCUGGUACAGGAGUGCACCCGACAGCAGUGUUCCCACUGCCCCCCUCAUCAUUCCCAUGGGCCCACAGUUCGAGGGGCAAGCCCCGGCGAGGCAUGAUGCGACGAGCUGUCUUCUCCGAUCUACAAAGGAAAGGCCUCGAGAAGCGCUUCCAGCUACAGAAGUACAUCUCAAAACCAGACAGAAAAAAACUCGCUGAGAAACUUGGACUCAAAGACUCUCAGGUGAAAAUUUGGUUUCAAAAUAGAAGAAUGAAAUGGCGUAAUUCGAAGGAAAGAGAACUGCUAGCAUCUGGAGGCAGUCGGGAGCAGACUCUACCCAACAAAAACAACCCUCACCCAGACCUGAGCGACCUCGAGACAGACAGAGACAGGAACAAGCAACAGGAUUCAGACGACCAGCACGGGCAAGACCAACAACAGCAAGAUGAUGACGACGAUGACGAGGAAAUAAACGUCACGUGACGUUACGAGGAAUGACUGACUAUAAGAAGAAAUGAUGAAUGAGCCUGAGCAAUACAUCAUCGCUAAUCAACGACAGCCUUUCAUCAAAAGCAUCUCAUUUCAGCAGUUCCAUGUCUCCAAAGAACCACUUUGGAACAAGCCGUUCUUCAUUGAAGUAUUAUUGAUCAAGCUAUAUAGCAUGAAUCUGACUCGAGAAUGAUAAGAUUCCAAUGCUGAGACUCAAUCCAGAAAUGCACUACAUCCACUUGAUUCUUUGUUACUUUCUACUAUAGAAAAAACAUAAUUAUGUUAAUCUCCUCCUUAUGUUUAUGAAUACCUCCAGUACAUUAUCUAUCGCUGUUUCUAUAUUGUAAAUCAUAUUUCAUUGUCAUAUCCAAACAGCCUGAUGACUAUGCUGUUAAUUAAGAAUAUUUUUCAUUACGUGACAUACCGUAAUUGUUGAGUCUCAUUGUUUGAUGUGAAUUCACAUCUCAAUUUUGGUCUGUUCAGAUAAUUAUCAGACAAACGUGAUAUUAGGAAAUAGGCCUUCUAGUCAAUAUUUCGCGUUUUCAAUGAGUCUGUGUCGAGGUCAGUUCUGGGACAUCUAUGAUUCUCAUAAUAGCAGAAAAAUUAAACUUUUUUCACAAUACGGUAGUAUCCUAUUGGGCAACAACUCAACUUUGUAGAUCAAGUGAGAGUAGACUGCAAUCGAUCUUCCUAUCUAGUAACCUGACAUGACUGGAUUUUUAACCCAUCAUUCCCAACUCAUCCCUAUUAUAAAAGUACAUUAUCUAUCCUCUUAGUAUUAAUUGAUAUUAAUUCUUCUUGGAAUCUCGUAACCAUUACAAUCCAAGAUCGUAUUUGUUAUCACUGUUAAUAUUUAUUCAAAAUUAUGUAAUGAUCAUACGAUAAAUACUUUGUAUUACGAGAAGUAAUGAAUUUCAACGUUAGAGGUGUAUUACAACUUUUGUUCGUUGUCAAAUUUUGAUCGAAUUUCAAUCUACCGAUUUUCAUAUGAAAUGAAGUGAGAAAACCAGUCUCAAAAAUAAUUCAAUGUUCAUGAUUCUAAUCAUGAGUUGUAUUAUGAAGUAAUGCCACUGAGAAAUACGAAAAAACCUCACUAUACAAUCAUAACAUGUUGAUAGACGGGUCUCUAGUGGCCACUCCCAUGACGCCUGAGUGGCUCUGAUGUGGAGUGUCUCCAAUAUCUAUGACGCCGCUUAUACUAUAAAAGUAAACCUCCAUCUUUCAUCUAUAUACAGCAAAAUUAUUUCUUCCAUGAACAAUUCAUAAUGGGAAUUAUAUUCAUCAUUUCAACAAAAUCAUGUUAGUGGAACAUGACAAGACAGAUUGGUAGCGCAGCCUAAAUAACAGUAUAUAAGUAGACUACUCUUAUUUUUGAUAGCUCCGUUCAACCAUCGAAUAUUGAACAUUCAACCAUUGAACCGUUGAACUAUUGGAAUUGUAUUAUAUUGCUGCACUUUCAAACAUUUGAAAACACAGUAUCCAACAAUCUCUCAUCGCAGAUGUCAAUAGAAUCAAUAUGUCAACAGUAGUUAAUCAGUAAGACAGGGUAGCACAGGAAAACGAAUUUUGAAUUUUACCGUUCGUAGCUCUGAAGAGUCGGUAGAUGUUCAAAAGUUUUGCACAAUUCUUGAGGAAACAUUGUUAUUAAUAAAUUAAGGGCCACUAAACUGGUUUUGAGCGAGAAAUAAUGGUAGACAACUUUGUAAAACAUGUUAUAAGACUGCCGAACCAAGAUAAUGUUGAUGGCAUUACAAUAUUUGACGUCAUGAAUGAAUUGUAUCCCUGUGGGUAUAUCUUGGCCAAGGUGUACAGUACACGUCCUACAAAAAUACAUGAAGUGAAGGGAAACAUUUAAAACGAAAUAAUUGCUAUUCACUACACUGUUAUUCUAGUUUCUAUAAUAGGCUGCAAACACCAAAUGAGACAUCUUUCUUAUGGCAUCUUGAUAGUGAUUAAUAACAUGAAGAACCCAAUAUAUAACCUAUAAACUUGAGUGUUUAGUUUGAGUGUUGAGUGUUGUGGUGAUAUUAAGUGCAAAAUUUGACUAUAAUUUGGUAUUUUAAUCAUUCUAAAUUCAAAAUUUCUAGCUAAUAUAUAUUCUUGGACAGAACUUUGAACUUUAAAUUUCCUCAGA